AUGUCCGGUGAGGAUUCACAGACACAGAAGAAGGCAGUGUUUGACGCAGAGACGGCGUCGUCUCUGAUGAAGGAGUUAAGGGAGAACUUCGGUUCAAGAAGGAGUCGAAGUUAUGAAUGGAGAGUGUCGCAGGUGAAGGCUCUCUUGAAGGCCGUGCUUAAUAACGAAGAGCAAAUCGUGAACGCUCUUCGUUCAGACCUAGCCAAGCCUCCACUCGAAACUGUCGUAUACGAGAUUGGUAUGCUUAAAAACUCAUGUGAAGUAAUACUGAAAGAAUUGAAACAUUGGAUGACGCCAGAAAAGGUCAAAACUUCAAUCAGAACAUUUCCAUCUUCAGCUGAAAUAAUACCUGAACCUCUGGGUGUUGUGUUGGUCAUCUCUGCAUGGAACUAUCCACUUUUGUUGUCCCUUGACCCGGUCGUUGGAGCCAUAGCAGCAGGUAAUGCUGUGGUUCUAAAGCCAUCAGAAAUUGCUCCAGCCACAUCAUCACUACUAGCAAAAUUGAUAGAAAAGUAUAUGGAUCCCUCGUUUGUGAGAGUUGUCGAGGGGGCAGUUGAUGAAACAACUGCAUUAUUGCAGCAAAAGUGGGACAAAAUUUUCUACACAGUAAUUGCUGGAUUGUUAGGUAAUGGAAGAGUGGGAAGGAUAGUGAUGACUGCUGCUGCAAAACACCUUACACCAGUUGUGCUGGAGCUUGGAGGAAAAUCUCCCGUUGUCGUUGAUUCAAAUAUCAAUUUGAAGGUAGCAGCUAGACGAAUAAUUUCUGGCAAGUGGGGAUUGAAUAAUGGACAAGCCUGCAUUUCUCCUGAUUAUGUUAUAACAACAAAAGACUAUGCUCCCAAUUUGGUGAAUGCCCUCAAGACCGAAUUGGAGGAGUGUUACGGUAAGAAUCCGAUGGAAUCUGAAGAUUUGUCUCGAAUUGUGAGUUCCAACCACUUUGCUCGCUUGUCAAGGUUCUUGAAUGAUGAUAAGGUUUCUGGCAAGAUUGUUUACGGAGGUGAAAAGGAUGAAAAGAAAUUAAGGAUUGCUCCUACUAUUUUAUUGGAUGUUCCGCGAGAUUCUCUGAUAAUGGGCGAGGAGAUAUUUGGUCCAUUGCUUCCUAUCAUCACGGUCAAUAAACUUGAAGAAAGUCUAGAUUUGAUCAUCUCAGGAGAGAAGCCCCUGGCUGCAUAUGUAUUCACAAACGACAAGAAGUUCCAGGAGCAGUUCGUAAAGAAUGUUUCUUCUGGGGGUUUACUUGUCAAUGACACUACCCUACAUCUUGUGGUUGAUACUUUGCCAUUUGGGGGAGUUGGAGAAAGUGGAAUGGGAGCAUACCACGGGAAGUUCUCGUUUGAUGCUUUUACACACAAAAAGGCUGUUCUUUAUCGCAGUUUUGCGGGUGACUCGUCGUUAAGGUACCCACCAUACACGGAUACAAAGCAGAGAUUGAUGAAGGCUCUCAUCGGUGGCAGCAUCCUUGGCAUAAUUCGUGCUCUUUUGGGGUCGUCCUAA